UCUUGUUGCCAACAUAUCCAGAGACGACUGAGCUCUGGAUGGACAAAACACGACAGUCAUCAGGGAAGGACAUUAUCACAUGAAAGCACACGUUUAGUAAGACUACCUCGUAACAACGUGUGAGGGGUCAUAUACGAUGUACUUCCGGGUCAACAAUGUGAGUGAGUGGGCGUACUUUGUUGAUGAACUCUGACUGUGACGGAACUAGGUUGUCGCAAGAGAAGUAUAAAAAACGAUGCCUGCACGAUUUGAGGGGAAAGUUGUCCUACUGUCCGCGGCAGCACAAGGAAUAGGACGUGCCACGGCCUUGGCCUUCGCUGAAGAAGGUGCGACUGUUAUUGCCACCGACAUCAAUGGAGAAAAGCUGGCCGAAUUAUCUGGAACGAAAGGUAUCCGGACUCAGGUGCUUGACGUCACAGAUUCUGCGGCCGUGGACAGUUUUUUGGACACUCUAGACAAAGUGGAUGUACUGUUUAACUGCGCAGGGUUUGUGCAUCAUGGUACUAUUCUGGACGUGGAAGAAAAGGAUUGGGACUUCAGCUUUAACCUUAAUGUGAAGAGUAUGUACAGAACCUGUCGACGUGUAAUUCCGAAGAUGAUCAAAAACGGAGGAGGCGCUAUCAUCAAUAUGUCAUCAGUUGCAUCAACUAUUCACGGACCCCCGAAUCGGUUUGUGUACAGUGCCACUAAGGCGGCUGUGAUCGGUCUCAGUAAAACCAUCGCCAGGGACUUCAUUGGUGACGGUAUUCGUUGUAUCCCCGUCUGCCCAGGAACCGUGGACACACCUUCCCUUCAUGGAAGGAUACAGGCCCAAGCCGACCCAGAACAGAAAUUACAAUGA